AUGACAAAUUACACUGACUUAAAGUCUUUGCAGCUGAUCCUCGGUUUCGGAGAUAUGUCAUCAGUGAGAUAUUUCUACAGUGCAAUUGUUUUAAUUGGCUUCAUGAUGAUCAUCUUAUACAAUGGAGCCGUCAUCUCAGUCGUAGCCCGGCACAAAAGUUUACAAGAACCAAUGUAUAUCUUCAUAUCAGCGCUUUGUGUAAAUGGUAUUUAUGGUGGGGCUAGUUUUCUGCCUAAUUUAUUUGUUAACCUACUUCAUAAAAUUCAAACAAUUUCCUACAUCGGUUGUUUGACCCAAGUAUUCUGUACGAAUACAUAUGUAGGAUAUGAAAUAACUCUCCUAGCAGUUAUGGCAUUUGAUCGUUAUGCUUGUAUCUGCAACCCCUUGAGAUAUCACAGCAUAAUGUCCAUGCCCACUGUGUUUAAACUGAUUUCUGCAGCCUGGUUAUAUGCAACUACUCUGAUAACUAUACUUGUUAUGAUGACAUCGAGACUGCCAUUGUGUAACUCAGCCAUACUUAAAAUUUAUUGUGAUAACUGGUCUGUAGUGAGACUGUCCUGUGUUGACACAACAGCGAACAAUAUCUAUGGCCUUUUUGUUACUGUUGCCUUAGUUGGGUUGAUGCCAUUAUUGAUCUUCAUGUCCUACGUUGAGAUUCUGAAAGCUUGUGCUAAAUCCUCAUCACACAUCCGGGAUAAAGCUUUGCAGACCUGCACUCCUCACCUGAUAUCCAUCACUGUUUUUGUUACUGAUGUAUUUUUUGAAGUGCUUCUCUACCGUUUUGUGCCUACAACGGUUCCUUACGAACUACGGGUGGUUAUGUCAGUCCAGAUAUUGGUUGUACCACCACUUCUGAAUCCUCUUAUGUACGGGAUAAAGAUGAAGGAAAUUAAAAUGAGGUUAGAAAAACUGUUUGACUUCAGUAGUAUCACUGCACAUAAAUUAAUGGUGUAA